AUUCGUGUGAGAGACGAUUAUCGAGUGCAAAUCCGAUAUACAGAAAGUGGAGAACACGGCGUUGAACACGCGAAAGUAUGGAAUUUAGUUGUUCUCGCUGUAAAAUGAAUUUCAGGUCAUAUCUUCUCCUGGACAAGCACAAGGAGAAGUUCUGUAUUGGCGGAGAGUUUAUAAAAACCCAGGAGCCAGAGACGCCGCUGGACAUGCUUGAGAGAGUCAGAGAGCUGCAGAGAAGACGCCAGGAGCUGAGGAGAAGGACAGAGGACACCCGGAGGGUGGAGGGAGGCCAGGGGGUGAAGGACCGACACACCCCAGAGGAGAAGCCCCCCACUGGAACACUGAGACCCGUGUCUUACAGGAACACCCACAGUGAACCAUCAGGGAGGGCAUGGGGGGGACUGGGGUCUGGCCUGGGAGGGCCCAACCCCAGAACCCUGUCAGAGGACCACACAGCACAACUGACCCGACUGAAACACCAGAACCCCAACCUAGAAAGACAAAGGAGAGACAUGGGGCAGAGGCAGAUGGAGAUGUCAGCACACAGCAGGAGAGUGUCUGAGCUGGAGAGGAUGCUGUGUGAACUCAGGCUGCAGGAGCACAGGAACACACACCUGCUGGAGACACUACUGGAACACCUGCAGCAGCCUGGCACUCAGGCACUGAGAGGGACUGUUCCCAGCAGAAACAGAGACUCUCGUCUCCACACCCCCCAGGAAGAUCCCAGACCCCCCCCCCAGGCCCUCCUAGCCCCCGGUCACACCCACACCUACGUGCCCGUAUAUGGUGGUGCAGGUCUUUCAGCAGAGAUCAGCUGCCUGCGUCUCACUUAUCUCCAACAUGGCGGCUGUGAGGUGGCCAUUUUGGCUCAGUUGCAGGAUAUGCUGGAUGAAGCCCUGAAGUUGGAGGGAAACCAGAGGAUCUGGGCCCACACUAGCCAGCCCCAGCACAGGGACCGGAGCAAAAGCAGAAAGCCAGAACCCAGAGGAGGGCCUUCCCUGCCUGGGCUGAGCAGACGGGAGCUGUGGGAGGUGGAGGAGGAGAACCGGAGGCUGCAGGAGGAGAUCCUCCUGGCACAGCUAAGGAGGAGUAGGAGGAGCAGGAGGCCCACAAGAGGACUCUCUGACCAUCAUCUGUCAGCCAUGAAGAUGGACCUGGACCUGCUGAAGCACGAGAUGGAGAUUCAGAAAAUGAGGAGGCAGAUGCUCACCAGCAAGACGCCUGGGUCACCCCUGCGUUUCCCCCCUCUGGUCCAGGUGAGGUCAGAGACUCCAGCUCUACAGCAUCUAUCUCUGGAAGCUUCUGAAGAUCUGGACCCUGCUCCCUAUGACCCUAUGUUAGUCUUACCCCUCUCUCUCUCUCUCUCUCUCUCUCUCUCUCGCCCUCCAUCAUGAACAAGAGAAAUACGGAUGUUUUUAGAAACGUCAUGCAAAGAAAAGAAAAGAUGCAUUAAAGUUACAGUAAAACUAUAGAGUAAAGACAAUAGGCAUAGUAUGUAGUUGAUUGGUCAAAGAAAGCGCAACUGUAGAAAGUUCCAGGUGCACACUGACCUUGAGCCAGUGGUAGAGGGAGGUUUUCUCUUAUUACUCCCAUCCAAUAUUUAGAAUUGUUUUGAGUGAUAAGGGGAAUGCUGUGGCAAGGUCAGAGAUAACUGCAGGCUCAGAUAGGAGUGUAUGUGUGGGAGGUUGGCACACAUCCUGUUGUUCAUGAUAAAAGUGGAAGUUAGUUUGCAGUUGUGAACCUGUUAGCCUUGUUGUCAAAUGCAUU